UCACUUCCGUGACACACGCGGGGUUUUCUUUGCGCAGGCUUUGCCGUGUUUGGAGCGCUACGCUAGCACUAGCUUUAUAAUCAUAGUAUUUAAUUUAUAAGAAAUAUCAGAUUUGCUUCGCAGACAUGGCGGCGGCUCCUGCAAGUGGAAGGAAGCGACUCCUGAAGGAGGAAGAUAUGACCAAAGUGGAGUUCGAGACCAGUGAAGAGGUCGACGUUACGCCAACUUUUGAUACUAUGGGCCUGCGGGAGGACCUGCUUCGCGGCAUCUACGCUUACGGUUUUGAGAAACCAUCAGCUAUCCAGCAAAGAGCCAUUAAGCAGAUUAUAAAGGGGAGAGAUGUGAUUGCUCAGUCACAGUCUGGUACCGGUAAAACAGCCACGUUUUGUGUAUCAGUGUUGCAGUGUCUGGACAUUCAGGUGCGUGAGACUCAGGCGUUAAUUUUGGCUCCAACCAGAGAGUUAGCUGGACAGAUUCAAAAGGUUCUUCUUGCUCUGGGUGACUACAUGAACGUCCAGUGCCAUGCCUGUAUUGGUGGCACGAAUGUCGGUGAGGACAUCAGGAAGCUUGACUACGGUCAGCAUGUUGUAGCAGGAACCCCUGGAAGAGUGUUUGACAUGAUCCGUCGGAGAAGUCUGAGGACCCGUGCGAUCAAGAUGCUGGUUCUGGAUGAAGCUGAUGAAAUGCUUAACAAAGGUUUUAAGGAGCAGAUUUAUGAUGUGUACCGAUACCUGCCUCCUGCAACUCAGGUGGUUUUGAUCAGUGCCACCCUGCCGCAUGAGAUCCUGGAGAUGACUAACAAAUUCAUGACAGAUCCCAUCCGCAUCCUGGUCAAGCGUGAUGAGUUGACACUGGAAGGCAUUAAGCAGUUCUUUGUGGCUGUGGAGAGAGAAGAGUGGAAGUUCGACACACUGUGUGACCUCUACGACACUCUAACCAUCACGCAAGCGGUCAUCUUCUGCAACACCAAGCGAAAGGUGGACUGGCUGACUGAGAAGAUGAGGGAGGCAAACUUUACCGUGUCCUCUAUGCAUGGAGACAUGCCCCAGAAAGAGAGAGAAUCCAUUAUGAAGGAGUUCCGAUCUGGAGCCAGCCGAGUGCUGAUCUCUACAGACGUGUGGGCCAGAGGGUUGGAUGUGCCACAGGUCUCCCUUAUCAUCAACUACGACCUGCCCAACAACAGAGAGUUGUACAUCCACAGAAUUGGUCGAUCAGGCCGUUAUGGCCGUAAGGGUGUGGCAAUCAACUUUGUCAAGAACGACGACAUCCGCAUCCUGCGUGAUAUUGAGCAGUACUAUUCCACACAGAUUGAUGAAAUGCCAAUGAAUGUGGCUGAUCUGAUCUAAAGCUGUUAUUGGAGUGAAAGACAGGAGCACCAGAAAUCUUUUUAUUUACAGUUCUUUUGUUUUGUUGUCUUUACUGUGGUCUUUUUAUGUAGAGCGAGUUACUCAUGAUGUAGAUGGAUGGAGUGAUCUCAGUAGUUAUCUGCUGUGAGGUUUUGUAAAUAAAGAAACUUUGUUGAAACA